GCUCGAGCGAGUAUCUCCCACCACCGUCCCCAUCCUUUUACUCUUCUCGCUCCAGUACCCCCCGCACCCCGGGCACGCCCAUGCCCCGCUCAGCCUCUACUGCCCGCCCCGACACAAGCCAGCCACCAACGACGGAAGAGCCGUUCCCCGUGUUUACAGUGUCUACGAUUCUCCCAGGUUUCCUGUACCUCGGGCCGGAGCUGACCGAGGAGGAGCAUGUGCAGGAGCUCAAAAAGCUUGGAGUCACGCGAAUAUUGAAUAUCGCGGAAGAGUGCGACGAUAACUUGGGGCUACAUCUGCGGGAGAAAUUUGAAAAGUAUAUCCGAAUACCCAUGCGCGAUACCGUCGAGGAGGACAACAUCACGCGCGGCGUGCGCGAAGUUUGCGAGUACCUCGACGAUGCGCGACUGCACUCGGCGCCUACAUACGUCCACUGCAAAGCGGGCAAAUCCCGCUCCGUGACCGCCGUCAUGGCCUACCUCAUCCACGCGAACCACUGGACGCUCUCGCGCGCCUACACCUUCGUCGUCGAGCGGCGCAAGGGCAUCUCGCCCAACAUCGGCUUCGUCUCCGAGCUCAUGACCUUCGAGGAGCAGGAGCUCGGCACCAAGUCCAUGGGCGUGAUCAAGUCCGCCGCGUCGACGCCCGCCGAGCACGACGUGGAGGCGGACGCGGGCGGCGGAGGGGGCAUGGGCAUGAACGGCAACUACGGCGUCGCCGUCGCGAACCGACGGCAGGGCCCGCAGCGCGAGAGCCUCCCGCCGGCGUUCAUGGGCCCCAACGGCGACAUCCCGCAUCUCAUGUCCGCGGACGGCGUGGCGCGGGUCGGCGACUCGGGCCAGGAGAUGGAGAUCAAAGAUUCGAGCGGGAGGUACAGGCACGCCCGCCGCGCACCCGUGGACGAGAACACGCUACAGCCUCUGCGGCGGGUCAGCAAGGCGGGUCUGGAGAGUUCGGUCUAUUCAUAG